AUGCGUUUCAGCCACGACCACGCUCAGCUCCAGCUGUGCGCAGACAUGUUCGAGGAGCCGUGCUGCUCCAGCCCCAGGCCCUCCAGCCCCAUGUCCGUGAACUCGGACUCCAGCUGCACCAGCCCCGAGGCCAAGUCGGCCUCUGCCCAGCAGAGGGUCCGCAGGCCCCUCAACGCCUUCAUCAUCUGGACCAAGGAGGAGCGCAGGAGGCUGGCACAGCUCAACCCAGACCUGGAGAACACCGACCUGAGCAAGAUACUCGGAAAAACCUGGAAGGCCAUGUCUUUGGCUGAGAAGCGCCCAUACAUGCAGGAGGCAGAACGUCUCAGGGUCCAGCACACCAUCGACUACCCCAACUACAAAUACAGGCCCCGCCGGAGGAAGCACCUGAAAAAGAGCUCAAAACCUCAGAUUUCAGAGGCCUCUCCGCUCUGCAGCCCAGGCUUCAGCGUGCCCUACAACCUCAGCUACCUGUUCCACAACCAGCAGCAGAACUCAUCUUAUUUCCCACACAGCCCUCCCCACAGCAGCUACUCCAACCCCACAGUUUUCCCAGACCCAUCCUCAGCAGCAGAUGCUUUCUCAAACAACCCUGGCAUGUACUCCAACCCUCCAGCGUACCACGCAGAGCCUCAGGUGUGUUUCGGCUCCCAGUACCGACUCACACAUUGUGGUUUCUCCAACUGUGGAGGGCCUCUUGUGGAACAGAGGGAGCCCAGAGGCUACGGGGGCCCGCAGUGCCCUCCCGGGCCGUCCCUGGAGUUUUACUUAGAGCAGGUUCAGCUGGACAUGCUCUACGAUCUGGACCGAAGUGAGUUUGAACAGUAUUUGGGCCCGAAUCACAGGCCCGAAUCAGUAGACCCCAGCAGCCACAGAGGGGGUUAUCCCGUGUCAUAA